UUGUUUGUAUUUAAAAAUUAAUACUAUUAAUAAACAGCAAUUACUGUCGUACUGUGUUGUAACUACGGUGCUAUACCAAUAAAUAAAUCCUCGGCAAAAUGGCUCCAGGUAACUGCGUGGUGAAAGGCUGCAAAACAACACAUUUCAACAAAGGUCUCGCCACAAACUUCCAUCCAUGUCCAACUUCACUGGAAAUGAGGAACAGGUGGUUACAAAUUUUGAAGAAUAGAUGUACUAUACUGGAUUGGGCGAAAAGUAGAAUUUGUUCAAAACAUUUUGAGAAUAAAUACUUUGAUGCCCAAAGAAAACUUAAACCAAACGCCAUACCUACACUGUUCCCAGCAAUGGGACCAGAUACAGCUUCUAAGACUAUUGUUAAGAAUCCUAACACUUCAAGCUCUAAGUUGGAUAAGGCUCUCAGCAGGAUGACACAGGCCGAACUCAUGUCUGACGUCAAGUUAACUCUAGUUCGAAUGAAAGAGCCCAUUAACUUGAGUGAAUUUGUCUAUGAUGACUUGAAAUGUAAGCCUGAUGCCCCAAUGGAAGCUAAGCUGUGGGUAUUGAUCAAGAAACAAGAAUAUUUGAAUAAUAUGCUGACCGAGGCAGUUGUGAAAAAUAAUAAAAACCUUGAAGUUCUACAGAAGAGUAUGACUGAUACUAAAUCAGGCCGAAAAGAUAUGGAACACAGCAUUGAGAACUAUAAGUAUGUUAUUAAAUGCUUACAAGAGAAACAAGCCACUUUGGAAGAACAGGUUGAAAUACUGACUGCUGUGGAGUCUCGGUAAUACAGUAAUAAUUACAUUUUUUUUAUACUUUACGCACUAGACAGACUGAAUGUUCCAGUUAUUUCAUAAAGUGAAGAAUGUUUUCAUUUUGCAUUAAAUAUUACAAACAAAGGACCAUGGGCACUUUAGUAUGGAGUCUGGUCCAUAUCCUCAAUACUUAUGAAACCUAUGCCAAAUGAUAGCUUCAAUGCUAUCAUUUAUUUCAUACUAUGACAGUUAAGUCGAAGUUGCGGGCCAACAUGGUCUUUUUUAUAUAAAUAGAACCCAGUAAGGCAACGGUUUCACCAUAGUAUGUUUUAUUAUAAUAGAAAGAAAACGACACGUUAUGCAUUUUAUUAUCAUUGUAUUUAUAUUAAUCAAAAAAUAACAUAGGUAUUAUAUAGGUAUCUUCCUACCUACAAUAUUAAAUAUCUACAAUUAAAUCGUCUAGAUGAAGUGCCGGUGGAUUAAAACCCACUACCCACAAUAUAGAAAUAUAAAAUGCAUAACGUGUUGUUUUCUUUCUAUUAUAAUAAACCAUACUAUGGUGAAACCGUUGCCGUACUGCGUUCUAUUUAUAUAACAUAAAAAAGACCAUGUUGGCGCGCGACUUCGACUUAACUGUCAUAAUAUGAAAUAAAUGAUAGCAUUGAAGCUAUCAUUUGGCAUAGGUUUCAUAAGUAUUGAGGAUAUGGACCAAAAUUAC